AUGUCUGCUUCGUUUAACAAUGAUACCCGUGCUGCACGUCGGCAUUCUCUGGCUGCUGAGAGUCCCACUUCUAUAGCUAAUGGAAGAUCGAGCCUGUCAGGGGGUAGAUUGACAGCCAGCUAUCCUCCCCUCGUCUCGUCGCCCGAGAGCUCCGAGAUGGGCGGACUUGAACGCUCGUCAGUGGGAGUUGACCAACAUGCUUACGCUGGCAAGUGCAACCGACUGAUGAAUCUGCUCGGUGGCACUUCUGCUCUCUUAAAAGGCCUUCGCGAGAAUAACGAUCGCUGGCUUAUUCUGUAUCCACACCAGACUUCGCCAAAAAUCCAGCGCGCUCAGUCAUUCUCGGAAAAAGGUAACGCUCGUUAUCCUUUAAAAAGGUCAAACAGUUUUUCUGCCCCACACAACGGAGAUUCCGACAUUAUGGAUGAAGACAGCCGACUUGUGACGAGCGUAGAUACCCUCGAGUUUCAUACCCGCCUAAAUGUGCUCAAGCUGGAAAUGAAAUCACACGACCAUCAAUCGACAGAGGAAAUUAUGGAAAGUCUCGAAAAAAGUUCCAUUGCUGAGCUUCUUAACAAACGCAUCGAUAAGAGUCUAAAACAUCUGACGAAUCUCCACGCUCGAAUUGCCGAUAAAAGUUCAAAAGUUUUGGUUGCUGGCGACCUCAAUGCUGGAAAGAGUACUUUGGUAAAUGCUCUCCUUCGACGACAAGUGUUACCUGUAGACCAGCAACCAUGCACAACAAUGUUCUGUGAAGUCUUGGAUGCUCGUGAGAAUGGUGGAGUCGAAGCUAUUCAUGCUAUCAAAAAUAUUGAAUCUUAUAAUCGGGAAGACCCUGCAACUUUCACUGAAAUACAAUAUGCUGACCUAUAUGAAACUGUUUCUGAGCACGGUGACAUCUAUAAACAAUUGAAAAUUUAUUGUCGUGACCGUCGCAUUUCGGAAGAAAGUCUGCUCCAUAAUGGAGUUGUGGAUAUUGCGUUGGUCGAUUGUCCUGGACUUAAUAGUGAUUCAUUAAAAACAAUGGCCGUUUUUGCAAGGCAAGAAGAAAUCGAUGCCAAUCAAUUCCUACGAAAUGCUUCCAAUGAGAAAGCUUAUCUGUUCAUAAUCGUCAAUAAGUUUGAUGAAAUCAAAAACAAGAAAAAAUGCGAGAAAAUAAUCUUGGAUCAGAUUCAGCAAAUAUCACCGAGGACUUACGAGCACAAUGAACAUCUCGUUCAUUUCGUAAGCGCCAAUUCCAUCAACCUCGACAAUCCCUACGAUCAAAAGAUUGCUGAAUUUGAGAAAAUGGAGGAAGACUUGCGCAACUUUGUAUUGAAGAAACGAUCAAAAUCAAAAUUAGCUCCCGCUGAGCAUUACUUGAGUAACGUUCUUGCCGACAUUACAGUGCUUUCCGAGUAUAAUCAUGGCAAGGCUGAGGAAGAAUACCAGAACGCUGUCUCAGAAUUUAACGAAGCCAAACCGCUAUAUGAUACAUUACGCAUGAAACGCAAUCAAGUCAUCGAAGAAGCAGAAAAAAUUGCCGAAGAUACAAGUGCGAAUAUCCAUAAAUAUACCAAAGAAAAUCUUGAGAAGGCUAUCAAUGGAGUUCAUAAGUUACCCACAAAAUGCGAAUGGUCUAGCAUCCUCUAUGUUUGGCAGUAUGUUCUUGAAGUCAAAGACGAAGCACUUGGUUCCAUUGAACAGGCAACGCGAGAGAACGAAGACUUUGCAAAGAACAUGACCGCUGAAGGCACUGAAAAGAUUAAAUCACUAGCAGAUGCCAAUCAACUAAGCGGAGAAGCUCGUCAAGUUAACAUUAGCAAGCUAUUUGGUAGACAACCCACAGAAAUAUUAAUACACAUCGGACCAACUGAUCUCUUCGAUAUCGAUUUCGAAUUCAGUGACAAACUUGGCGAGAAGCUCAGUGAUAAACUACAGAUGGCCACGCUUUCGGGCGGUGCAUUGGUGGUGGUUGCUAGUAAAUACCUCGGCUAUAAAUCAGCCUUAACUACUUUAUGGCGAUUUGGAAAUUUUGUUGGCUUUGAUAACAUGAAAAGGUUGGCUAUCCCAAUUCUUCUCUUAGCAGGUGCUGGAACUACAUACUACCUCUUCAGUGACAUGCAACGCGUUGUUACCGGCAAAGUACGACAGAAGGUUCGCAAGCAUCUUAUGGCUGAGAAUUACGCUGACGAAGAAGGCAAACGUUUAGCUCGUUACGGGCGUAAAGUGAUGCGCAAGAUUACCAAUGAUCUUCAGAUCCGUUUCCAUGAUGCUGUCCAAGAGCAAGAGAAGAGGUGCAAGAGGUUGCGUGAAGCGUUAAAGGAAACAGGCGAGGCUAAGAACUACUUUGGUGACGUAUUCAAGAAAUCCAUAGAAAUGUCAGAAACUUUGAAAUUUCUCAAGAUUGAUUUAGAAGAACGAGAGCAAUUGACUGUGUUUUAA